AUGGCGACGAAGAAGAUGACAAAGAGUUACUUUGAUGUUCUUGGAAUCUGUUGUACAUCGGAAGUUCCGUUGAUUGAGAAUAUACUCAAAUCUCUUCACGGCGUUAAGGAAUAUUCCGUCAUCGUUCCGUCAAGGACCGUCAUCGUCGUCCAUGACACUCUCCUCAUCUCCCAGUUCCAAAUUGUUAAGGCACUAAACCAAGCAAGAUUAGAAGCAAGUGUAAGGGUAACCGGAGAAACCAAUUUCAAAAAUAAAUGGCCAAGUCCCUUCGCGGUGGUUUCCGGGGUACUUCUCCUCCUUUCAUUCCUCAAAUAUGUUUAUUCUCCGUUCUGCUGGCUCGCCGUGGCAGCUGUUGCCGCCGGGAUUUAUCCGAUACUCGCGAAAUCUAUAGCAUCCAUUGCAAGGUUUAGAAUCGACAUCAACAUUCUUGUUGUAAUAACCGUGGGAGCAACACUAGCUAUGCAAGAUUUCACAGAAGCUGCAGUUGUUGUUUUCUUAUUCACAAUCGCCGAAUGGCUUCAAUCAAGAGCUAGCUAUAAGGCAACCGCGGUGAUGCAGUCGCUAAUGAGCUUAGCUCCGCAGAAGGCAGUAAUUGCAGAGACUGGAGAAGAAGUUGAAGUAGAUGAGCUCAAGAUCAACACAGUUAUAGCAGUCAAAGCUGGUGAAACCAUACCAAUUGAUGGAGUUGUUGUGGAUGGAAACUGUGAAGUUGAUGAGAAAACCUUAACGGGCGAAGCAUUCCCCAUGCCUAAACUUAAAGAUUCGACGGUUUGGGCUGGAACCAUCAAUCUAAAUGGUUACAUAACUGUGAAAGCCGCUGCUCUAGCUGAGGAUUGUGUUGUUGCGAAGAUGGCAAAGCUUGUGGAAGAAGCUCAGAACAGCAAAACCGAAACUCAGAGAUUUAUAGAUACAUGUGCUAAGUACUAUACUCCAGCGAUCAUCCUAAUAUCGCUUUGUUUUGCGGCGAUUCCACUCGCAUUGAAGGUUCACAACCCGAAACAUUGGCUUCACUUAGCACUAGUUGUGUUAGUAAGUGCUUGUCCUUGUGGACUUAUCCUCUCUACACCAGUAGCCACUUUUUGUGCACUCACUAAAGCAGCCACAUCAGGACUUCUGAUCAAAGGAGCUGAUUAUCUUGAAACAUUAGCCAAGAUCAAGAUUGUUGCAUUUGACAAAACCGGAACAAUCACUAGAGGCGAAUUCAUCGUCAUGGAUUUUCAGUCACUUUCCAAAGAUAUAAGCAUCCACAGCUUGCUAUACUGGGUAUCAAGCGCAGAGAGUAAGUCAAGCCAUCCAAUGGCUGCUGCACUUGUGGACUAUGCAAAAUCUGUAUCUGUCGAAGCUAAGCCUGAAGCGGUCGAGGACUACCAAAACUUUCCAGGAGAAGGGAUUUACGGGAAGAUUGAUGGCAACAAAGUCUACAUCGGUAACAAAAGAAUCGGUUCUAGAGCUGGGUGUUCAAUAGUUCCGGAUAUUGGCGUUGAUACCAAAGGAGGAAAGACUAUUGGAUAUGUCUAUGUUGGAGAAAGACUAGCUGGAAUGUUCUAUCUCUCAGAUGCUUGUAGAUCUGGUGUAGCUCAAGCUAUGAAAGAACUGAAAUCUUUGGGAAUUAAAACUGCAAUGCUUACCGGAGAUAAUCAAGCCUCGGCAAUGUAUGCUCAAGAACAGCUAGGGAAUGCUAUGGAUAUUGUUCGAGCGGAACUUCUUCCAGAAGAUAAAUCCGAAAUCAUCAAAGAGUUUAAGAGAGAAGGGCCAACGAGUAUGGUAGGGGACGGGUUGAAUGAUGCACCAGCUUUAGCUACAGCGGAUAUCGGUAUCUCGAUGGGUAUUUCCGGCUCUGCGCUUGCAACAGAGACCGGUCAUAUCAUUCUGAUGUCGAAUGACAUCAGAAAAAUACCGCAAGCGAUAAAGCUUGCACGCAAAGCGAAAAGGAAAGUGGUGGAGAAUGUGGUCAUGUCCAUUACUAUGAAAGGAGUAAUUCUUGCUUUGGCUUUUGCUGGUCACCCAUUGAUUUGGGCAGCUGUGCUUGCAGAUGUGGGAACUUGUUUGCUUGUGAUCCUCAAUAGCAUGUUGUUGCUUCGGGAUAAAGAUAAACAAAAAACUGGAAACAAAUGUUAUAGGAAUCCUUCUUUGUCUCUCUUAAUCGCGGAGAAACUUGAAGAUGAUGUUGCUGUGGAUAUGGAAGCAGGGUUAUUACCAAAGAUCAGUGAUAAGCAUUGCAAGUCAAGCUGUUGUGGAAAGAAGAAUCAAGAGAAAGUGAUCAAACCAGCUAAAACUAGUUCUCACCAUGGUCACUCUCACUCAGGUUGUUGUGAGAAGAAACAGAAAGACGAUGUAAAGGUUGUGAGAAAGAGCUGUUGCGAAAAACCUUGUGAUUUAGGACAAGUACGUGACUYGGGGUGUUGUGGUGACAAGAUUCAGCAACCACACCAAGACGAAGUGAAACGAAGCUGUCAAAACAAGACUGGUGACUCGGAGGAGAUAUGCCUGGACAUUGGUGAUGGUGAUCGCAACUCGGUUUGUUGUGGAACUAGCUCAAUACAAGAAAGUUCUUCAACCUUGGCCAAUCUGAAUGGAGCAGAGCAAGAGAAGUUAAAAGUCUCGAUCAAAGGUUGUUGUGCAAGUCCUCCUGAUCCCGUGGUAGCCUUGAAGGUAAAGAGCGAUGGGCAUUGCGGGUCUAGCUGCUGUGAAAGUUCUAAGAGAGCUAAAGAAGAGUCAUGUUCUCAGGUUAAAACGAAGGAAGCUUGCAAGUCUAACUGUAGCAGCAGAGAGAGUAUCCACAGCGGCGGAAGCUGA